AUGCUCACAUUGAUAUGCCGGGAGUAUUUCUCUGAUCGUGCGGCAAAGGACACUACUUUUACCUAUGCUCCAGUGAUACUCGGUGCUGAAAAUCCUCAAUGUCGGAUACCAGAGGUGCAUGCGCUAGUCUCUCGGUUCCAGCUUGUCAUGAACCUCAUUGCUGGCAUCCUCUCUGCGGUAGUAAGCCCAAAGUUAGGUGAGCUAUCUGAUGGGUAUGGGAGGACAAAGAUAAUUGGAUUAUGUACCCUGGGCACAUUCCUGGGAGAAGUCAUUACGGCACUCGUCGCAACAUUCCCCGAUACCCUACCGGUAAAUCUUUUCCUUUUAGGGUCAUUUUUUGAUGGAAUGUUUGGCUCCAUAACAGCAGCUGUGGCAUUGACGCAGUCAUAUGCAGCAGACUGUACACCUGCUAAUAAACGGAAUGUUUCAUUUGGAUAUUUUCAUGGUGUCUUCUUUAUCGGAAUUGCACUUGGCCCGCUUACUGCCAGCUACCUCAUUAAAGCGACAGGAGAUGUCCGAGUCGUAUUUUAUGCUGUCAUGGCUUGUCAGGUCAUAAUGCCGAUAUUUAUCUCCUUCAUAGCCCCGGAGUCUUUGACAAAAGAACGACAGAAACGUAAUCGGGAGAAGAGGAAUAUAAAGCCGCUGGACAUCAAUAAGCUCCGCCUGCAGGAUUUCAACCCUCUCCACCUAUUGAAGCCACUGGCUGUCCUUCUCCCCGUCACCGACAAGGCUGUCUCGAAGACUGGUGCUGGAAAGACACGAGUGAAGCUAGUUCAACGAAAUUUGAUAAUUCUAGCCGCAAUAGAUACGGCCUUGUUUGGUGUUUCAAUGGGUACUAUGAAUACCCUCAUUUUAUAUGUUGAAUACGUGUUUGGCUGGGGGAACAUUGAGUCUAGCUUGUUUGUCUCUAUCACAAGCACUGUCAGGGUCCUCGUCUUGUUAGGCGUCUUGCCUCUUCUUACCCGAUGGAUCCGAAAUCGUCGAAAUAAUACCCUUAGCGAGGCUCAGACAAACUGUGGCUCUGAUAAGCUGGAUAUUGGAAUUAUCAGAGUAUCUAUCCUUUUCGAAUUAUUGGGUUAUGCCGGGUUUUGUCUUGUCAAGACUGGCCCGCUCAUGGUGCUUUGCGGUAUUCUCAAUGCUAUGAGCGCAAUGGCCUCCCCGACGAUCAAUUCAACUUUGACUAAACACUUACCGUCAGAUAGAACGGGUCAACUUUUGGGUGCAGUCGGGUUACUCCAUGCUUUGGCCCGAGUUAUAGCACCGACUGUGUUAGGCUUCGUUUACAGCUGGACUGUUGGGAAGUUAACGCAAACGGUUUGGAUACUCCUGGCGAGUUUACUAUUCCUCAGUUUUAUUUCGUGCUGGCUUCUCUUACCGCAUAGUAAGUUCAGUCCUAGCCGUCUUGUAUAA